UGUCUCGUGCAUUUUAUUUAUAUAUAAUAAAUAUUGUUUCUUGUGUUUUAUUUAUAGGUAUAGUCAUAGCAGAUAAUGGGAUGAUCCUGUGAUUCUUUUGCAGCAUGUACUCGGUAUCGCAGAACAUCACUGCGUUUCGCCAGUCGACGGUGGAAGGGGAAAGUAUCGACAAGGAGCUGCCACAAUCGCAGUUACGCCGUGCCAUCAUACGAUCAGUGUGUACAGUCGCUGGCGAAAAACUGAAUUCCUAUAGUGAGCAAGUGUUUACUAAUUAGUGGAAUCGAAACGCGGUAUUAUUGGAUACUCGAGGCGUAUAACCUCGAAUAUUUUUUCUAUGUACACCGUGAAAAUUUACAGUAAUUACACACAAAGCGAGCGAUGGAAAAUAGAGAGGACAAAGUUAGGAUGAAAAAAGAACUGAAUGAUACUUGCCCAGAUGCAGACGAAAAUUAUUGUUUCGAUUCGGUGGACUCUUGCGAAGCCAAAAACUUCGAAUCAUUCGUGUUUCAGAAAACAUCGGCAAAUCACAUGAAUGAGGCUACGGCGUUACGAAACAAUUUUGAUGAAAAAAUAUUCGUAGAUUUCGAGUGCAAAGAUGUUAAACCUGAACUGACUUCUGUAUCUACAACCAUUUGUAAAACUGAGUAUCAGAGUUAUCCACCUACCGUGAAAGUAGAAAACCAAACGAGGACCAACUACUUGGAAGAAAAAAAUCUAAUCAUUGGAAACACAUCGAAACUUUUUGAAUGUGACUUUUGUCAAAAAUCAUUUAAAUUAAAAGGUCACCUCAAAAUUCACAUAAAUGCAGUACAUGAUCGGAGCAAACCCUUUGAAUGUGAAAUUUGUUACAAAUCAUUUGGAUACAAGAAUGUACUCAAAACUCACACGAGUACAAUACAUAAUCGUAGCAAACCCUUCGAAUGUGAGAUUUGUCAAAAGUCAUAUGGACGUAAGGAUACCCUCAAAUUUCACAUGAAGACAGUACAUGAUCAGAGCAAACUUUUUGAAUGUAAGAUUUGUCACAUAUCAUUUGAGCAAAAAGGUCAACUAAACCGUCACGUUAAUGCAGUACACAAUCAAAGCAAACCUUUCGAAUGUGGUAUUUGUCAAAAAUCAUUUAAAUUAAAAGGUCACCUCAAAAUUCACAUAAAUGCGGUACACGAUCGGAGCAAACCCUUUGAAUGUAGCAUCUGUCACAAAUCAUUUGGAUACAAGAAUGUACUCAAAACUCACACGAGUACAAUACAUAAUCGUAGCAAACCCUUCGAAUGUGAGAUUUGUCAAAAGUCAUAUGGACGUAAGGGUACCCUCAAAUUUCACUUGAAGAUAGUACAUGAUCGGAGCAAAUUCUUUGAAUGUGAGAUUUGUCACAAAUCAUUUGGACGAAAAUGUAUCCUCAUUACUCACAUGAAUGCAGUACAUAUUCGUAUUAAACCAUUUGACUGUGACAUUUGCCACAAAUCAUUUGGGCGAAGAGAUAACCUCAAAGUUCACCAACAGACAGUACAUGAUCAUAGUAAACCGUUUGAAUGUAAAAUUUGUCACAAAUCCUUUGGGCACAAAAGUACUCUCAAAUCUCACAUAAAUACAGUACAUAAUUGAACCAAACAUUUGAACGCGAUGAGGAAUUCUACUAGUGCAUGUGUA